AUGCAAAGCUACCCUACCACAGCUGUGGUUAUCAUCGGUUUCCCACUUGAUAUCGAAUACAAAGUCUUGAAGGUCGAAGUAAAUGGACAUAAAAGUCCAAGGGGGCACAAAAACCCGGGGCUCUUUUUCAACACUGGUAGCCUGGUUCACAUCGGCGCCUCUGUCCAAGAGCUCUCGUGCGAUUUCUAUGUAGCCUAUAAGUUAUUAGGUUAUAAUACCUUUAGAGGGUUAUACCUAUACUUUAAGAAACUAUAUAGGAGGCACUUUAGCCCUAUAAUAUACUCUAUAUUAGAUAGACGUAAGUCUUAUUAUAUAAUUAGAGGGUGUUAUUCUUUUAAGUUAGGUAUAAAGAAGGAGAGAAGGGUACUUAUAAGGCUUUAUAUAAUAGCUAAUAGAUAUUAUAAAGUAUUAGUAAGUACUAAGGUUUCUAAUCUCUAUAGGGUUAUAGCUAAGUUAGUAAAGUACUAUAAUAACUUCCCUUAUAUUAUCUCUAAGCUUUAUAUAAUACUAGCUCUUAGAUAA